AUGAAUAAUGUGCUUUCCUCCGUUCACCGGCACCGGAAUUUCUUGUAUCUUCUCGGUCGUCCACCAUUUCUCCGCCGGUUUACUGCUCAAUCUGAUGCAUCGACGGUGAUUAAACCGGAUUCUGAAGAAUCAGUGGCAGGGGAAUUUUUGAAGCAUCUUCGAGAAGUUCCUCAACAUGAUUGGUCGUCUUGCGAACCUCUUAAUUCACUCCUUGUAUCUUCUUCGCCUCGAGUGCUCUCUCAAAUCACACGGCGAUUGGAUUCAUACUCAUUGGCAGUGUCUUUCUUCGAAUACCUGAACGAGAAAUCUCAGUCUCUGAAACACCGUGAUGAAUCUCUCUCCGUUUCGUUUCAGUCGGUUAUCGAAUUCGCUUGUAAGGAAGCUGACUCUGGAGAUAAACUCUUACAGCUUUACGAGAAUGCUAAAGAGAAGAAAAUCCCGCUUACUUACAAUGCCGCGAAAUUCUUCAUCAGUUGGUUUGGACGUCUUGGAAUGGUGAAUCAGUCGGUAAUCGUAUACGAAGAAAUUGAUCAGGAAUUGAAGAACACGCACGUUCGUAACUUUUUCAUCGAUGUUCUAUUGAAAGGUGGUAUUGUGGAUGAUGCGUUGAAGGUGCUCGACGAAAUGCUUGAGAGAGAAUCGGUUUUUCCGCCGAAUGAAUCAACGGUGGAUAUUGUUUUCCACGGCUGGCUUUCUAAGGGUCACUCAGAGAGAAGGCGUUUGACAGAAGAAGAGAUUAUACAGUUGGUUUUGAAAUUUGGCGAUCUUGGCUUGUCCCCAAACUGUGUUUGGCUGAGUCGGUUUAUCACUACUCUGUGCAAGAAUGGUAAAACCAAUGUAGCUUGGGAAACAUUGAGCAAGCUGAUGAAAACCAAAGCUCCACUGAAAACGGCUCCCUUCAAUGCGCUUCUGACAUCGUUAGGACGGAAUAUGGAUAUCGGUAGAAUGAAUGUUGUCGCUGCAGAAAUGGACGAAAUGGGCAUUCAAGCUAAUGCAGUGACUUUGGGGAUUCUCAUUAACACUUUGUGUAAGUCAUUGAGAGUCGAUGAAGCCUUGGAAAUAUUUGAACAGUUGCGUGGAAGGCAGAGUGAUGAUGGAAAUGCGAUCAAAGCUGAUGAGAUCCAUUUUAAUACCCUUAUCAAUAGCCUCUGCAAUGUAGGGAGAUUAAAAGAAGCAGAGGAGUUGUUGGUCAAGAUGAAAAUGGAAAAGGAUUGUGUGCCUAAUACAAGAACUUACAAUUGCUUGGUUGAUGGGUAUUGCAAAGCUGGACAGCUUGACACGGCCAAAUCAGUUGUUUCUCGAAUGAAGGAGGAAGGGAUUGAACCGGAUGUGGUUACUCUUAAUACAAUGAUUAAGGGCAUGUGCAGGCAUCGCGGAGUGAGCAGUGCUGUUUCUUUCUUAAUGGAUAUGGAAAAGGAAGGCUUGAAAAGGAAUGUGGUUACUUAUAUGACGUUAAUUAAUGCUUAUUGCAACGUCAGUAACAUUGACAAGGCUAUGCAUUGGUAUGACCAAAUGGUUGAAGCUGGAUGCUCUCCUGACGCUAAGAUAUAUUACGGUUUGAUCUCUGGUUUGUGCCAAGCUAGACGCGACCAUGAUGCUCUUACAAUGGUGGAGAAACUGAAACGAGCAGGAUUCUCGCUUGACUUGGUGGCUUAUAACAUGCUCAUUGGAUUGUUUUGUAAUAAGAAUAAGGCAGAUGAAGUUUACGAGAUGUUAACCGAUAUGGAGGGAGCUGGUAUGAAGCCUGAUUCAGUCACUUGUAACAUACUUAUUUCGUAUUUCAGCAAACAAAAAGACUUUGAAAGUGUUCAUAGGAUGAUGGAGAAGAUGAGAGAAGAUGGUUUUUUUCCAAAUGUUGUGACAUAUGGUGCAAUAAUCCAAGCUUAUUGCUCAUCUGGAAAAAUGAAUGAAGCAUUGAAGCUGUUCAAUGACAUGGGCUCGGACUCAAAGGUCUUUCCAAACACAGUGGUAUACAACAUUCUCAUUAACGCCUUGUGCAAGCUCGGAGACCUGAAACAAGCGCUCUCUCUGAAAGAGGAUAUGUUUAAGAAAAGGGUGAGACCAAACGUGGAAACAUACAAUGCUUUCUUUAAGAUUCUUAAGGACAAUAACCAGCUUGAGACAGUGCUUGAACUAAUGGAUGAGAUGGUUAAACAUUCUUGUGAACCAAAUCACAUCACCAUGGAAGUUCUAAUGAAGAUACUCCCAGAAGUUGGUGAAUCGACGAAGCUGAAGAAGUUCAUGCAACGUUACUCUGUCGCUUCUCCGACCGAGAAGGAUGUAAUUUUGUCUUAG